ACCUGGCGACAGCCAGAGUUGCAAGCUUCAUCGGCUGCUUAGCUCGCGCGUCAUCUGUUCUUUCCCUGCGUUGGACGGGAAGGGUCUUAGCUGCCUUUCACCGGACCUUAAUGGCACGACCAACAGAUUCAUUUAUCAGUCGAUGGCGGAAGUGGGUCUUAAGGCACGGAAAUAAAGACGUAUUGGCCCUGUUGCUUGUCAUUGCAAUUUUACUACUAGUACUACUACCUGUGGUAGCAAUUCGCCGCAUACCUAAACGCACAGGGAACAGCCACCAACAUCUUCCACCCCAGGUCAGCUCCCAAGUUCUGGACACCGCAGCAGAAUCCAAACGAAGCUCACCGAUCGCAACGAGGAUGGCCCGUCUGAAACUGCUUUGGACCCGUCUACUCUUCAUGGUAAACGCUGCCACUAACGCGUGGGGAAGUUCUGGACCCAGUGCCGAAUACUCGGUGAAUAAAACCAGGAAAAGACACAUAAAUCACACUCACAGUAUCAACGGCAACCGCACCAGCAUGGCGACUUCGCCGCCGCAAGGGAAGGCCGAUCUUCGUGGCAUCACGCUCGAGCCACACGCAAACGUUACGAAAAAAGCUGCUAGGGCCGCCACGAAGCCCUGGCGAACCACGACGGUAAAGAGAGCGACGACGAAAGCUCGUCUCCUGGUGAAAUCGAAAACAAUAUCUGUUACGUCGUACUCGAAAGUUCUAACAAGACGACGGACGACAGGCUUUACAAUGGAGCCAAAAGCUACGUCGAAGUUGAAUAGUGCGUACACUACAACAUCAAACGGUACCUCCACUUUCUCUGUGUCUGUGCCUGCCUCAUCACCGAACCGCCUCAGUGCAACAGACAGUACUUCGACUGACAUUCACGACGUUGCGACCUAUAAUUCUACCAGUGGUUCAAUGAGUACAAAAGCAAACGGCAGCGCGUCUUCCAGCGUGUCUUCUACUUCGACUACAAUGGUAUCAAACAAUGUCUCCGAUAUAGACUCAAACAGGUCGCCGACCAACGCAGAGACCACAACUUUGAGCUCCACUUCGAUCAACAGCUUGGCAGGAAACUCUACAGCUGCUUUUUCAGCUGCACCGAAGCUUGCUUCAGUAAGUGCCCCUUUAAGCACCGUAUCCGAAACCACGGUACAUGCACCUAUAAAAAGCACAUUAAGUUCAAAGGUGAAUGCUGACGCCUCGUCUUCGUCAAGCGACCCGGUAAUUGUUCGGACUGGUCUCCCUACCGUGCCAACUAGAAACAUCACUGAGACAGGUGAUACUGCAUCUGUAACAGACAACGUUACAACGGGUUCAAGCCGGAAAAGCGCGUACACGCUCGAUGCAUCGAGAUCGUUGAUUACUUUGGCGAAUGGAUCUGCGGCUGUCGAAACACAGCACACAACAGGAAACCAAAGCGAGUUACAGUAUAGCGUUCCGCAGCGCGAGUUCCAACCCCGAAGAACAUCUGCUCAUACGGCGACAACAGGACAUGUUCUGGAUACCACGAGAAGACCAGAAGAAGUGACAACGAAAACUGGAAAUACGUCCGUGUCAGUGUUGAAAACUGGAAGCGAGAUGGUCUCCAAUGCGGUAUCCCUGAAAGAAGACGGAAAAAUUCCCACGUCACAUGCAACCGAAGCACAAAACAUGUCUGUUCCAGGAAUGGUACCGACGCCAUCCACUCCCAAAGCAGACGAGAAAGAGACGGAUACCAGUGACGUCAUCGAAGAGCGUGAAGACCUUCCCAGCGGAUAUCGGCAGGACGUUGGCUUAAAAGACGAGUUGGAGAAUUUGGCAAAGGCAUACGGGGACUACAUCGUCGGUCGAUCUAACACGAAAGAAAAGCGCGACCAGGACAUCAUGGAUAUUGCCGCGCGUCUGCGUCCUUCGGGUGACGGUUCUGCACUAGGUUUGUUUACUGGUAGCAAUGACCUGGGAACCCUAACUGUGAACGAGACAGAUGGUUUUAUCCCUGGUCUAGCAGUAAUUACACCGCCCGCGCCAAGGCGUCAAGAACCGUACCAACGACUGCGAGAGCUUCUGUUGUCCAAGGACUUCAACAUACCGGACUUGAGGAAGCUUGCAAUUCUGGAAGAGCUGGAAGAGAAGAAAGAGAAGCAGGACAUGAAUAAAAAUCCAUAAGAAAAUGA